AUGAAUUGUCCAAGGCGCAGACCAAUGACUUCGGCCGAGCCGGGUGUCUUCUUCGCCAAUUUCGGACCACCACCACCAGAGCGCCCUCCUCCUGAAGGAUUCCAUGAGGUAGAGCUGAACAAGACCAGAUGGGUUAUUCCGAAAGCAUACGAUCGAUUACGCACCUUGGGAGAGGGCGCAUAUGGAGUUGUAUGCACUGCUGAAGAUCUACGCACUGGUGAGAGGGUAGCUGUCAAGAAGUUUUUUCGGCCAUUCCAGAGCACUAUACAUGCCAAAAGAACUUAUAGGGAACUCAAAUUACUUCGUACUCUCAAGCACCCGAAUGUUCUGGAAAUGAUUGAUGUGUUUACACCAGAUACAGACGUGGCGUCGUUGAACAAUGUGUAUUUUGUUUCCGUUUUAAUGGGCUCAGAUCUGCAGAAUAUUUUGAAAAUUCAACGUUUAACAAAUGAUCAGAUUCAAGCCUUGAUGUACCAAGUUCUAAGAGGUCUAAAGUAUAUCCACUCGGCCGGAAUUGUGCACAGAGAUUUGAAACCAUCGAAUAUAGCUGUCAACGAGAUUGGUGAAGUAAAGGUGCGUUUGUUGAAGGUUUCGUUUGAAGUUAAUAAAUCGGAUGUAAUAUCCUUGGCUUUUUAUUAUAGGUAG